AUGAGCAGCAACUCUACUUCCGCCUUGCCCAGUGACUACAUCGUCGCAGGAGUCCUCAUGACAGCACUUGGUGUCAUAGGGACGAGCAUCAAUAUUGGUGUGAUUCUGGCCCUCAUGCACUCGCCACUAUUCCACAACGCCUUCGGCUACAUUUGUGCCCUGCAUCUGGUUGCCAACACGGGAGAUUUGCUGAUCUUUUCGCUCUUUGACGGACCAGCAACAAUUUUGUACAGUUUGGCAUUGUGA